GGGAUACAAAGAUGGCCGCGGCCGUUUGAAAACGAUGCGGUAUACUCUCAUUUCUUUAAAAAUUUCCAGGCUGGUUAUUUUGUGUUUAAAUUAUCGAGUGCAUUAAGCCAGACCAAGAUAACUCCACAUAGAGACAAGGACUCCGAGAGCCAGCCAUUCACUAUUCGUUAUUAACAGGUUCGUAGCUACGGCACCAUCUUACCAACGGGAGCUAACAGUACCUGGAGUUCGCAAGCUAAUAUUUGCUAAAUAGCUGAUCACACCAUCUAUGAGUGACAAAAAUAAUGCUGAUAUCUGGAACUCAUGUCGAACGUCUAUGAAGAGAGAGCCACAAUGAUUGCCGCUGGGGAAUUGCAGUCCUUCGUUCCGUUCGGCCGUGAACACUGCAAGAACCACCCGAACGCCGUGAACCUGCAGCUGCGUCAGCUGCAGCCGGCCUCUGAGCUCUGGUCGUCGGACGGGGCGGCCGGGCUCGUGGGGUCGCUUCAGGAAGUUACGCUGCAGGAGAGAGAGAAGGAGUGGUGGGGCCUGCGGAAGGGCUCGGGGGCUGGAAGCGAUGGUGCGGAGUACGAGGAGGAGCUGUACGUGACGGGGAACAUGGUGAUCUGGAGCCGCGGGAGCGGGGGCCAGGCCUCCUACGUCUACAAGGCCUUCACCGUGGACUCCCCCGUCCAGCAGGCUUUGUGGUGUAACUUUGGUGUGCCACAGAACAAAAAGGGUGAGCCGCACGUGGUGGAGCGCACGGUCUGCAUCGUCCAGAGCACCUGUGUGAACGUGCACACCAUGAGCGGGAAGGACUUCAUCUCCCCCCUGCCCUUUCAGGUGUCCACUCUGUGGCCCACCAAGUUCGGGCUCCUGUUUGAGCGCAGGAACCCAGCGUCCGACGUGCCCAUGAGCCCCCCCAGGGAGACUCUGCCCACGGUCUUCAGCAUGCUGCACCCUCUGGAUGAGAUCGCUCCCGUUGUCUGCAGGUCCACAGGUCUGUUCGAGGCGUCCCGUGUGCAGUACGUCUCCGACAGCGCCCUGCGGAUCGUGUUCUCCAGCUGUGAGCCGUCGCUCAUCAUGACCUACGACACCCUGCAGUGUGCACACACCGUCUGGGCCCUGCGCAAGGUCUCCAGCGAGGAGCAGUUGAUGGUGCUGAAGCCUGAGCAGGUGGCCACGCCCCAGAACCUGAUGGCUCCCAGCUUCCUCAACACCCACCUGCGCAACGUCUCCAAGAUGGAGUCCCCGGCCUCGCCCUUCCCCAGCUACUCGCUGCAUGCGCAGGGCCGCAUGACCUCAUCCCCCGGGCUGCACUCCCGCACCCACUCCCCGGCCAUCUCCAACAUGGCCGCCCUCAGCCGCGCGCACUCCCCAGGCAUGGCGACGCCCUCGUUCUCGGGGGCGCAGCGCUUCAACAUGUCGUGCCACUCCCCCCUGCCCCGGGGCCACAGCCUGCUGGCCUCGCCCAACAGCACGCUCAACGACUCCAUGGCCACGGAGACCGAGCCCAUCGUCCCCGAGCUCUGCAUCGAGCAGCUGUGGACCGAGAGCUCCUCCGGCUGCAGGGAGAAGAGUUGCCAGGCCUCCAAGGUGUUCAUCACGACCGAUCUGUGCGACACCAAGUUCCUCUGCUUCCUGGUGGAGUCCCACCAGCAGCUCAGGUGUGUGAAGUUCAUUGAGAGCAACGACCAGACCCAGCUCAUAUUCGUCUCCGUCACUACCAUUCCCGCCAAAGACGCCGCCCCACUGGAGAACAUAGAUGCCAUGCUGGUGUUGGAAGCCAACGGGAGUCUUGUUUUGUACACCGGAGUCUUAAGGGUGAGUAAGGUGUUUGUGCCGGGGGUCCUGGCCCCCUCCAUCGGUCAGUCCACCCCCAUGCCCCCCCCCAGCGCCCCGGUGGGCAGCGCCAGCACCCCGGCCCGAGCCCUGAUCCGCCCAAUCACCUGCCUGGACGAGGUGGUGAUGCCCUCGCCCGUGUCAGACCUGCGGAGCGCAAAGCAUCACGAGAAUCAGCAUGAGGCCCCCUCCUGGCUGGAGGACUGCCUGUCCCAGCACACCGUGCCUUACGUACACACCCUGAGAGACCCUGUGCACAACCGCGUAACGCUGGAGCUCAGCAGCGGGACCAUGCUGCGGAUCACCAUCCCUGAGAUCGCCACCUCAGAGCUGGUGAAGAGGUGUCUGCAGGCCAUUAAGCUGAUCCUGCCCAAGGACGUGGCUGCCCAGGCGCUUGUGAAGUGGUACACCGUCUACAACGCCCCUGGAGGUCCCAGCAUGCACCUGGAGUGGAGCCUGUUCGUCACCUGCUUCCUGAGCCUGAUGGGCUACAGCACGGACCGGCUGGCCUGGACGCACAGCGUGAGCCCCGUAGGGCUGGAUGUGGAAGUGCCCCUCUCCCCCGUCAUCGCCCCUAAGAAGGCGCGGCCCUCGGAGAUGGGCUCGGAUGACGACUGGGAGUACCUGCUUGGCUGUGACUACCACAGGCAGGUGGAGUCUCACCCCCUGAGCUGGGCUCUGCGGCUGGAGGCCCUGCCCCCUGCCAAAGCUGGCCCCGCCCCCCUGUGCCAGGACCCCGCCCCCCUGCGCCUGGACCCCGGCGCGCCCCUGUUCCCCCACCUCCCCGCCGUGUUCCUCACCCUCCACCUGCUCUACGAGGACCUGCAGCUCGACACGCUCAUGGUGCGCGGGGCUCGAGACCUGGUAGGGCUGCUGCAGCAACUGGCCAGGGACCUGCAGCUGGAGGACUACAUGGAGCUGUACUGGCGGGACUACCCCUCCUUCAUCGGGUCGUUCCCGGAGGCCUGCGUCAUCGACCCGGCUCAGUUGGAGCAGAUGAGCCGCCCCCCCUUCCUGACAGCCGAGCCUCCCAGCAUCCUGCGCUGGUUCAGAGGCUGUCUGCGGGGGGAGGACCUGCCCCCCUUCCCCUACCUGCCCGGCAUCUGCACCCGCACCAAGCUCCUGGUGCUGAGCUAUGCCCUCUACAUCGUGGGCAACGACAACGCCGUGACCAGCGACGAGUGCAAGUACCUGUCCAAGGUGACCGCAGGCCAGAAGAAGAACCUCCCUGAGCCGUCUCUCCAGAGGCAGAGCAGUGUGAAGCCCAGCGCCUCCUGCUGCAGCCAGGCGGAGAAGCUGGUAGUCUGGCUCGCAAGCUCCGGGUUCACGCUGAAGGAUCUGGACUGUGUCCCGUUUGGCAUCGCCCUCCCCAUCCGGAACGCCAUCUACCAGUGCCGCGAGCAGCCCUGCUCCGAUUGGUCAGAAGACGUCUGCUUGCUGAUUGGACGGCAGGACCUCACCAAGCAAGCGCACGAGGUCACUCUGGCAAAAAGCUCAUCGACGGUGGGGGCGGGGCUGACUCUGGACGCGCCCGCGGUGUCCGAGGCGGCGGAGGAGGAGGAGGACGGCAUGAACGACAUCAACCAGGAAGUGACAUCGCUGAUCUGGAGCCAGGACCUGCGCGUGCAGGAAGUGAGGCGGCUGCUGCAGUGCUCGCGGCCCGUGCGUGUGAACGUGCUGCAGCUUCCCGAGGUCAGCGACCACGAGUUCAUCGAGGAGAAGGAGAACAGGCUGCUGCAGCUGUGCCAGCGGACCAUGGCUCUGCCCGUGGGGAGGGGCCUGUUCACCCUCUUCUCCUACCACCCCGUCCCCAACGAGCCGCUCCCCGUGCCCAAGCUCAACCUCACCGGUCGGGCCCCGCCCCGGAACGCCAUGGUGGAUCUGAACAGCGGGAACAUCGACGUUCCGCCCAACAUGACGGCCUGGGCCAGCUUCCACAACGGCGUGGCGGCCGGGCUGAAGAUCGCUCCCGCCUCCCAGGUGGACUCCGCCUGGAUCGCCUACAACAAGCCCAAGAGCGCAGACCUGGCCAACGAGUACGCCGGCUUUCUCAUGGCCCUGGGGCUCAACGGCCACCUCACCAAGCUGGCCACACUCAACAUACACGACUACCUCACCAAGGGGCACGAGAUGACGAGCAUUGGGCUGCUCCUGGGCGUGUCUGCGGCCAAGCUGGGCACCAUGGACAUGUCAAUCACGCGGUUGCUAAGCAUCCACAUCCCGGCGCUGCUCCCGCCCACGUCCACGGAGCUGGACGUGCCGCACAACGUGCAGGUGGCGGCCGUGGUGGGCUUGGGCCUGGUGUACCAGGGCACGGGCCACCGCCACAACACCGAGGUGCUGCUGGACGAGAUCGGGCGCCCCCCGGGGCCGGAGAUGGAGUACUGCACCGACCGGGAGUCCUACUCGCUGGCGGCUGGGCUGGCACUCGGGAUGGUCUGCCUGGGGCCACCGCCCCCAAACACCGCCCCACACCACCGCCCCACACCACCGCCCCACACCACCGCCCCCAAACACCGCCCCCAAACACCGCCCCCAAACACCGCCCCCAAACACCGCCCCACACCACCGCCCCACACCACCGCCCCCAAACACCGCCCCACACCACCGCCCCACACCACCGCCCCACACCACCGCCCCCAAACACCGCCCCCAAACACCGCCCCACACCACCGCCCCCAAACACCGCCCCACACCACCGCCCCCAAACACCGCCCCACACCACCGCCCCCAAACACCGCCCCACACCACCGCCCCCAAACACCGCCCUACCAACCACACCACCGCCCCACCAACCACAACACCGCCCCACACCACCGCCCCCAAACACCGCCCUACCAACCACACCACCGCCCCACCAACCACACCACCGCCCCCAAACACCGCCCCACACCACCGCCCCCCAAACACCGCCCCACACCACCGCCCCCAAACACCGCCCCACCAACCACACCACCGCCCCACACCACCGCCCCCAAACACCGCCCCACCAACCACACCACCGCCCCCAAACACCGCCCCACCAACCACACCACCGCCCCCAAACACCGCCCCACCAACCACACCACCGCCCCCAAACACCGCCCCACCAACCACACCACCGCCCCCAAACACCGCCCCACACCACCGCCCCCAAACACCGCCCCACACCACCGCCCCACCAACCACACCACCGCCCCCAAACACCGCCCCACCAACCACACCACUGCCCCCAAACACCGCCCCACCAACCACACCACUGCCCCCAAACGCCGCCCCACACCACUGCCCCCAAACACCGCCCCACCAACCACACCACCGCCCCCAAACACCGCCCCACCAACCACACCACCGCCCCCAAACACCGCCCCACACCACCGCCCCCAAACACCGCCCCACACCACUGCCCCCAAACACCGCCCCACACCACUGCCCCCAAACACCGCCCCACACCACCGCCCCCAAACACCGCCCCACCAACCACACCACCGCCCCCAAACACCGCCCCACACCACCGCCCCCAAACACCGCCCCACCAACCACACCACCGCCCCCAAACACCGCCCCACCAACCACACCACCGCCCCACCAACCACACCACCGCCCCACCAACCACACCACCGCCCCCAAACACCACCCCACCAACCACACCACUGCCCCCAAACGCCGCCCCACACCACUGCCCCCAAACACCGCCCCACCAACCACACCACCGCCCCACCAACCACACCACCACCCCACCAACCACACCACCGCCCCCAAACACCGCCCCACCAACCACACCACCGCCCCCAAACACCGCCCCACCAACCACACCACUGCCCCCAAACACCGCCCCACACCGCUGCCCCCAAACACCGCCCCACCAACCACACCACCGCCCCCAAACACCGCCCCACCAACCACACCACCGCCCCCAAACACCGCCCCACCAACCACACCACCGCCCCCAAACACCGCCCCACCAACCACACCACCGCCCCCAAACACCGCCCCACCAACCACACCACUGCCCCCAAACACAGCCCCACACCACUGCCCCCAAACACCGCCCCACCAACCACACCACCGCCCCACCAACCACACCACCGCCCCACCAACCACACCACCGCCCCCAAACACCGCCCCACCAACCACACCACCGCCCCCAAACACCGCCCCACCAACCACACCACCGCCCCCAAACACCGCCCCACCAACCACACCACUGUCCCCAAACACCACCCCACACCACUGCCCUCAAACACCGCCCCACCAACCACACCACUGCCCCCAAACACAGCCCCACACCACUGCCCCCAAACACCACUCCACCAACCACACCACUGCCCCCAAACACCGCCCCACCAACCACACCACUGCCCCAGACUCCACCCCCAAACACCGCCCUACCAACCACACCACUGCCCCAAACACCACCCCACCAACCACACCACUGCCCCCAAACGCCGCCCCACCCACCACACCACUGUGUUCACUUGA